GAGGGUGAGUGAGUGAGCGGUGUGUUGUAGUCUAUCCUAUGCGGAUUUCACAGACACCGAUUCUCAGCUCGAAAAGACUCGUAUCGCCCAGUACAGGCCGUGAUCAGCGCUAAGACAGAUCCUGCUUUAUAGAUUUCCAGCAACCAUAAUAAUAAAAAACCUCACAGUGAUCUGGAAUUCAGACUUAGGCAGCACAGAGAUGUUUGUCUCUGUAGAGCUAAGCUGAUCCCAGCGUAGGGAGACCUGUCUGGAUCUGCGGCAAGAACUGAAGCGGAAGGCAGCAGGAAAGAGAGGAUGCUGGGAGGACAGCGCCAGAGAUGAGCGGCAGUGAUGGGGUGUCCUGGGACUUCUGGUAGAGAAGAGGAGCCCUCCCUCUCUCCACCUUCACUCUGCUGAUCCCCCUACUCCUCUUUUAACCCAUGUAGCGUUUGCUUUCACUUUUUCUCCCCUAACAUCUUACUCCACAUUUCACCAUGACAACAUCUGCCUUGCGACGACAGGUGAAGAAUAUUGUGCACAACUAUUCAGAAGCAGAAAUAAAGGUACGGGAGGCCACUUCCAACGAUCCAUGGGGCCCAUCAUCGUCUCUCAUGUCAGAGAUUGCUGACCUGACCUUCAACGUUGUGGCAUUUGCUGAAGUCAUGGGAAUGGUGUGGAAACGGCUCAAUGACAGUGGCAAGAACUGGAGACACGUCUACAAGGCCCUGACUCUGCUGGAUUACUUACUGAAGACAGGAUCAGAGAGGGUAGCUCAACAGUGCCGAGAAAAUGCAUUCACCAUUCAGACCCUGCGGGACUUCCAGUAUAUGGAUCGUGAUGGCAGAGACCAGGGAGCAAACGUUAGGGAAAAAGCGCGGCAGCUGGUGUGUCUGUUGCGGGACGAGGACCGACUGCGUCAGGAGAGGAGUCAGGCCCUGAAGACCAAGGAGAGAAUGGCUGGAGGAGGCACCGGAGGGGGCAGCGGAAGCGGCAGUGGCGUUUAUGGAGGCAUUCCUCCAGCAUAUCACCCUGGCAGACGUACAAGUCAGCCCAGCAUGGCUGUGCUGUACGGAGAGGAGUUUAGCCGCUCCAGGGGCUCACCGUGCUCGUUCAACUCCUCAGCCUCGUCCCCCCACGCCGCCUCAGACCUGGAACAGGCCCGGCCUCAGACCAGCGGGGAGGAGGAACUGCAGCUCCAGCUGGCUUUAGCAAUGAGCAGAGAGGAAAGUCAGAAGGAGCAGCGCUGUCGCCAAGGAGACGACUCCGUGUUACAGAAGGCCCUGGAUGAGAGUCGAAGAGAGAGCCAGUCAGGGACGCAUGAGUCUGCCAUGUUGGAUCUGGUGGACAUAUUUGGAUCCUCAUCUGAGCCACAGCCUUGCCCAAGUGACCCUUGGACGUCAGCUCAGCCGUCCUGUAACAUUACCUCUAAUCCCUGGGACUCUGUAGGUGGGUGCGUCAUUACAGGCACACACAGUGGAGCAGUUCAGUCAAGCACUCCUGUGAUUAAUAGCCCCUGGGUAGCCCCGUCCUCAUGCUCCAACAACUCUAAUCCUUGGGCUCCAUGUACCAACUCACACUCAGACCCUUGGGAAGUAGCACCUGCAGCUUCCAGCCCUCACAACAAUGCUUGGAACAGCCCAACAGAUGGUGACCAUGAUGGGACCGAUCCGUUCACGCUACAGGAAGAGGAUGAUCCUCAUCAAGAGGGUCCCAGAGCUACCUCCCCUUUGCCAGCCAGUCCCACAGAUGCAGAGUUGUUUGCUGAAAAAACAGAGUUUGAACUGUUUCCUGAGCAAGACUCCCGCUCAGAUCCAUUCAAACCAGAUCCGUCAUUAAAGCACCAGGUGAACGGUCGCAUGUCGGCCAGUCCGGAGAUGUUUGACCUCUCCUGCUUGGCGCCACCCCUCGCCGCCCCAGCUGCUCGUGUUUGCCAGACUCCAGAGACCUUCCUGGGACCCACAGGGGCCUCGCUGGUCAAUUUGGACACUCUGAUUCCCCCCAAGCCCCCUGCUAAGAUGCAAAACAACCCCUUCCUCUCAGGUCUGAGCGCACCAUCUCCCACCAAUCCUUUUCACUGCGACCAACCACGGCUCACCCUCAACCAAAUGCGACCCUCCUCUACGUCGCCGCUGCCCCCCCACAUGCUGUCUUACAGCCCGUCGUUGCCUCUUCCUCUGCUCCACCAGCCGCCUGUCCUGCCAUCCUCCCUCACACAGCCUUCUUCUGGGAUCUUGGACCUUCCCUCUAACCUCCCGCAGCCUCUGCUCCCUCUGUCUCCUCGACCGGCACCACAUGCUCAGACACAAACGUAUAGCCACAACCCUUUCCUCUGAGACUGAUGCAUCACAGCCUCUGCUGUGCAUUGGGAAAUGUACUCAAAAGGGAAUGAUAUGUGUCAGCAACUGUAAAGGCUGCGUAAGAGUGUGAACUGAUGUCAUUAACUUAAAAGUUGAUAUAAUAGAUCCAGAUGAUGAAAUUGUGUCUGUCUAAAGACACAUCAGCUGCUAUAAAACCUGAACUCACUCAUUCAUGCACUCCAGAGUGCCUCAGGAUGCAUAAACACACAUGUUCACAAUAACAAACUUAGAGUCAGUAUCUGAAAAGUUUGUGAGCCCCUUUUUCUUAUCCCUCUCUACAUCUACUGUGACAGCUGCAAGCCCCCUCUGACAACACACACGUUUCCCUUCUUAAAGCGACACACUUUGAUUGUCCCCCAAGCUUCACUGGGAUCCUUACUGCUGUUCACCGACAAAAGCAUGAAUGCCUUUUAUUCUCAAGGCUCCAACCUUUGACACUCUGAGAACUGGAUAUGAUUUUCUCCCAAAUGUUUUGAACAGUGUUAAGGUUUCUGCCCAAGACUGUAUGAUAUAAGCACAGAUCACAUGUGGCAAAUGCCAUGCACCCUUUCCUUUGCAUAGAUUAUGACUUGCAAUGCCGUGAAAAGUAUCUAACUUCAUUGAAGAUUUCAUUCAUGUUUGCUUAUUUUUGCUGGCAAUAUUUCAGAUUGAACCACUCUAUAUUAUAUAUAAUGACUCCCAAAACCAGUUCCUUGGCUGUAUCAAUUCAGCCAAAACCAGUUCC